GCUACCAAUUGACACGACAACAGCCACACCCCCUCCACGCCACGCCUACUACCGCUGCAUCCUCACAACCUCUCCAAUUCUCCAAAUAUGCCUCAGGAAGCCUCCAAGGUAUCCGAUCCCGAAGCCGACGCCAAAGCAGCCGCCGAAGCAGUCGCCGAAUCGAGCAAACAAGUAGAGGCCGAGUCUGCAAACGAAAGUGGCGAUGAGGAGACCGGAACAGCGGAAGGGGCCGAGGGUGCAGCUGGAAAGAAGAAAAAGAGCACGAAGAACAAGAUAAAGGAUGCGCUCAGUGGCAAGGGAAAGGCGGGCGAGGUCACGGAUUUGAACGCGCCCGCUGGAGGAAUUCUGCCCAAGGAAGCUAUGAACAUGCUGCUCGCAAACAACCCUGCGCUUGCGAAUGAACUCCAGGGCAAGGUGAACAAUAAGGAGGAUCUGCAAAAGCUGCUCCAAACGCUCAACCUCAACGAGAUGCUCACAGGGCUCGCACCACAAGGUAGCCAAAAAGACAUGGCUAGUCACGCGUUCUGGAAGACACAGCCUGUUCCCAGCUUCGACGAGAUGGCAAAUAAGGACAAGAUCAAGGACGGGCCAAUCAAAGAGAUUGACAUUGAAAAAGUCGAUAAAAACCCAAGCCCCAUGUACCCCGGCUUUGAAUGGGUGACUAUGGAUUUGGAACAAGAGAAGCAGCUGGAAGAAGUCUACGAGCUGCUCACCAACCACUACGUCGAGGACAAGGAUGCAACUUUCCGCUUCAAAUACUCGCCGUCGUUCUUGAACUGGGCUCUAAAGGCACCCGGUUGGAAGAAGGAAUGGCACGUUGGUGUUCGCGCAACCGCCUCAGGCAAGCUGGUUGCAUUCAUCUCCGGCAUCCCGAUACAGAUGCGAGUACGCGAUAAGGUUCUCAACUGCUCCGAAGUCAACUUCCUAUGCGUCCACAAGAAGCUCCGUUCAAAGCGGUUAGCACCCGUACUCAUCAAGGAAAUCACCCGCCGCUGCUACGUUGAAGGUACAUUCCAGGCUGUAUACACUGUUGGGUCCUUAUUACCUACCCCCGUUUCAACCGCCAGAUAUUUCCAUCGCGCCAUCAACUGGGAAAAGCUGUAUGAUGUUGGCUUCUCUCCCCUACCCCACGGUAGCACCAAACAACGCCAGAUCAUCCGGUACAAGUUGCCAGACACCACAUCUACCCCCGGACUUCGCGAAAUGGAGGCCAAGGAUGUUGACGCAACUCUCAAUCUCCUGCAGCGAUAUCUUGAGCGCAUGGACAUGGCGCAAGUAUUCGAUAAAACCGAGUUCGAGCACUGGAUGGCGCCAAAAGAGAAGCCCAAGGAGCAGGUCGUGUGGAGUUACGUCGUCGAGGACCCCGACACUCACAAGAUCACAGACUACUUCUCCUUCUACAAUCUUGAGAGUACCGUCAUUGGCAAUAAGAAGCACGACACCAUCAAGGCGGCGUACCUCUUCUACUAUGGUACUGAGGUUGCGUUUGAGAAAGACAAUGCAGAGUUGAAGAAACGGUUGAACUUGCUAAUGAAGGACGCGCUCAUCCUGGCAAAGAAGGCUGAUUUCGACGUCUUCAACGCCCUCACACUACUAGAUAACCCACUGUUCCUGGAAGAGCAACGCUUCGGUGCUGGAGACGGAUCAUUACACUACUAUUUCUACAACUAUCGUGCUGCGCCGAUUCCUGGCGGCAUCGACUCCAGAAACCAGGCGAGCAAGGAUCAUAUGGGUGGCAUUGGAUUAGUUAUGCUGUAACCGCUCAGUGAGCCAGUACGUCAGAAGGAUCCCAGUCUGCUCCAAGAAGGAGUUGGUGGUAUGCGACACCCAAGUUGACGAUACUAUGCACGUAUGUUGUCUUUCUUAAAAUUUGGCUGCGCAGUCGCCAUGUAGUUGAUACCAGUUUUCUGAUCCAUCUGUGCCUUCUUCAUCAUUUAUGUCCUAUUUGCAAGCAACACCAAAGCAAUGACCUUUGUCCAGUCACAACUAGAGUGAAGCAGGGAUGGCAUACGUGUGUCUUGGUAGCUACGAUUUACGAGCAACUCUGUCAUUGCAUGCCCCAAGCCAUAGCUGGAGGAGUGUCACUCAUGGUGACUCGCAGUUUCUACACUUGCUAUUGGGCAUCGGUGUCGUAUGGUCAGCCUGAAUAGUAGGGCCGUAGUUCUGCCGCUUGUAUGACACUGCCAUUCGAUAAGUGCAACUGCGCCUGUCCGCGG